CAUGCACCUCAAACUCUCACGACAUAAACUUUGCUAGGUGCUAAGAUGCGUUCCACGUCCACAACAGAGUCCACCCUACGCAUUCGACUUCACACUUCAGCUCCACAUCACUUCGGCAGUCAGCAUAGUCCUCAACUCUGUGGGCGCUUACUGCUGCCUAUUCUUUGGUCUGCCAUUUCCACCAACUUUACGCCUAUGCCAUGUUCAGUCGGAAAUGGCCGACGAUCCUGGAAGACCAUCCGCUAUUCCGCGUGUCUGAGCUCAAAACCCCUCCACCAGUGAUUCGGCUCAAGAUGUUGUGGCGUACAGAUAUUCUGGUAAUCUAGCGAGCACGGCGUGU